GCAGAGCCGUCAUCUCCAGUACAAGAGGCCAAAGAAAAGCCAGGCGCAUCAUGGAAAAAGGGCGAGGAGCAUGUCGUCCCCAAAAAUCGCUUGGGCAUCGUGUUUUUCGGCUUGAUGUGCAGUACAUUCUUGGCGGCUUUAGAUCAAACCAUUGUAGCCACAGCCUUGCCCACAAUCGUAGCGGACCUUGGAGGGGGAAAUAACUACAGUUGGGUAGGCAGUGCGUACAUGUUGGCGUCCGCUUCUUUGGGCCCGCUAUACGGCAAGCUAUCCGACAUUACAGGCCAAUCUGCAGGCCGUAAACCCAUACUAUAUGGAUCCAUCGUCAUAUUUUUAAUUGGUUCAGCGUUGUGUGGCGCAGCACAGAAUAUGACAUGGUUGAUUGUCUGUCGUGCUGUGCAAGGAAUCGGCGGCGGAGGCAUCAUGCAACUCGUACAGAUCACUAUAUCUGACAUUGUAUCAUUGCAAGAUCGAGGAAAGUAUGGCGGCUUACUCGGUGCCACCUGGGGCAUAGCAAGCGUUGUUGGACCAUUAAUCGGUGGCGUUUUUACUGAUCAUGUAACUUGGCGGUGGUGCUUCUGGAUUAAUUUACCGACUGGCGGCUUAGCUGGGGCACUUUUAUUCUUCAACUUGAAUUUAAACCCCCAUCAAGGAAGACCAUUCCGCGACCAUAUCCGGGAAUUUGAUUUCGUCGGGCUUUUCGUGAUCAUCGCAGGUGUCAUUUGCCUGCUUAUAGGUUUCAACUCGAGUGAAACAACAUGGAAAAGUGCCGAAACCAUUGCUCUCCUUGUUGUGGGAGGCACGUUGCUAAUCCUUGGUGGCAUCAAUGAGAUAUAUACAAAGCGAUCUCCCAUCAUCCCUCCUCGUCUUUUCAAGACACGCACAACUGGCUUGAUAUUAGUUUCUGUAUUCUUGCAUGCUGUGGUAUUCUUCUCAGGUACCUACCUUCCAAUGUACUACCAAGUCCUUGGCGCAUCGGCAACGACCUCUGGCGUCGAAAUGCUACCUUAUUCUUUAACGGGCGCGCUCAUGUCAGCGGUUUCUGGAAUGAUCGUGACCCGCACCGGAUCCUACCGUCCUGUCAUGUGGGCUGGAUGGACUGUCAUGACACUUGGUUGGGGUCUCAUGAUCAUGCUGGACUAUACGAGCACUACUGCAGAGAAGGAAGUAUACCCCUUGAUUGCAGCACUUGGCAUCGGUUGCUUGUUCCAGACCCCGCUUAUUGGUUUACAGGCGGCCAUGCCCCUCAAGGAUAUGGCUACCAGUACAGGCACUUUCGUAUUCCUCCGAACUCUUGGUGGUACGAUUGGUAUUACUAUCGGGGAGGCUAUCAUUUCCAGUGUGCUCCAACAGAAACUGCUUGGCAUCCAAGGCCUCACCAUCGACACUUCCCCAGCAGCUUUGAAUGAUGACAUCAGGCUGAUCUCUUCUAUUUCUAAUAUAACAGUGCGCGAUGAGGUUAUGCACGCUUACUCGCGGUCUAUCAGCACGAUUUGGUUGGUCAACGUGCCACUAUCUGCGGUCGGUCUCUUUCUAGUUCUCUUUGUUCGUAGCUACACACUGCAGCGCACGAUCAUCCAUGGCGGAGAGAAGAAGUCAGGAGACGUUGAGAAAGAUGCCGUUCAAGCUACGAUAGAAGAAGGCUUGCCAGUCAUGGAGUCGGAACAUUUUGAGAAUGAAAAGAUACAAGCCUCCCGUGAUGACGCCACUGAACGCACACAAAUGGACAUGACAGACGACACUCCUAGUGUCGAGCAGAAGACGGAAUCAUAGAGCGAGGGCCAGGCGAUACGUGAUUAUACCUUAUGGAUGGUGGUCUCUGGUGGUGCAUGAAGUUUAAUGAUUCGCAUAGCAAUUAUUUGAAUGGCUUGUAAACGGACUGGAACAUCAUAUGUACUUCUGUCACUUGCAAAUCAACCGAUGUUGAUCAUCUAGGAAUAUACUCAUGUGUGGAUGAAAA